CAAUGAGAAGGGACAGCUGUGGGUCUAAGCCAGUCAGAGGGGCCGAGGGGCGGGCUCAGCGGUCAUGUUAGGUUCGGGUGAGAGGUAGGUGAAUAUAAAUUGGAGCGGCGGUGGCCGCGUCCGUCAAUACCGCAGAGCCGCUGCCUGACUGUCGUCUUAAAGGGCCCGUGUGCCGCCGCCCCCUCGGCCCGCCAUGCUCCUUUCGGUGCCGCUCCUGCUUGGCCUCCUCGGCCUGGCCGCCGCAGACCCUGCUGUCUAUUUCAAAGAGCAGUUCUUGGAUGGAGAUGCCUGGACCAACCGCUGGGUCGAAUCCAAACACAAGUCCGACUUUGGCAAAUUUGUCCUCAGUUCUGGCAAAUUUUACGGGGACCAGGAGAAGGAUAAAGGGCUGCAGACAAGCCAAGACGCCCGAUUUUACGCACUGUCCGCUAGUUUCGAACCCUUCAGCAACAAGGGCCAGACACUGGUGGUACAGUUCACUGUGAAGCAUGAGCAGAAUAUCGACUGUGGGGGCGGCUACGUGAAGCUAUUUCCGAGUGGCUUGGACCAGAAGGACAUGCAUGGAGACUCAGAAUAUAACAUCAUGUUUGGUCCGGACAUCUGCGGUCCUGGCACCAAAAAGGUUCAUGUCAUCUUUAACUACAAGGGCAAGAAUGUGCUGAUCAACAAGGAUAUCCGGUGUAAGGAUGAUGAAUUCACACACCUAUACACACUGAUUGUGCGGCCAGACAACACCUAUGAGGUGAAAAUUGACAACAGCCAGGUGGAGUCAGGCUCCUUGGAGGAUGAUUGGGACUUUCUGCCACCCAAGAAGAUAAAGGAUCCUGAUGCUGCCAAGCCAGAAGAUUGGGAUGAACGAGCCAAGAUUGAUGACCCCACAGAUUCCAAGCCUGAGGACUGGGACAAGCCAGAGCACAUCCCUGACCCUGAUGCUAAGAAGCCUGAGGACUGGGAUGAAGAGAUGGAUGGAGAGUGGGAACCACCAGUGAUACAAAAUCCUGAAUACAAGGGCGAGUGGAAGCCACGUCAAAUUGACAACCCAGAUUACAAGGGUACAUGGAUACACCCAGAAAUUGACAACCCUGAAUACUCCCCCGAUGCGAAUAUCUAUGCCUAUGAUAGUUUUGCUGUACUGGGCCUAGAUCUCUGGCAGGUCAAGUCCGGCACAAUCUUUGACAACUUCCUCAUCACCAAUGAUGAGGCCUAUGCAGAGGAGUUUGGCAAUGAGACGUGGGGUGUCACCAAGGCUGCAGAGAAGCAGAUGAAGGACAAGCAGGAUGAGGAGCAGAGGCUUAAGGAAGAAGAAGAAGACAAGAAGCGUAAAGAGGAAGAGGAGGCUGAGGAUAAAGACGAUGAGGAUGACAGAGAUGAAGAUGAAGAUGAAGAGGAUGAGAAGGAGGAAGAUGAGGAAGAUGCUACUGGCCAAGCCAAGGAUGAGCUGUAGAGGGCAUACCACCUGCCUCCAGGGCUGGACUGAGGCCUGAACACCCCACUACAGAGCUGGCUGCUCCCAAUAAUGUCUCUAUGAGACUCAAGAACUUUUCAUUUUUCCAGGCAGGUUCAGAUCUGGGGUGGAUUCUGAUUUUGUUUCCCUGCCUUCCCCAUUACCGCCCCCUCCCCCUUUUUUUUUUUUUUACUGGUGUUUGUCUUUAAUUCUUCAGCCCUUACCUGGCUUCUCAUUUUUGAAUCAACAUUUUUUCCUUCUGUCCCUUUCUCCAUCUCUUGGUCACUACCCUCCAACUCUAGGAACAGGGGUGUGGAGGAGAAGCCCUAGGCUUGAGAUUUCAUCUACUCUCCUUCCUGGAGCUCAGAGGAGGGCAGGAGAAAAGGGGGUGGUGUUUUCCCUCCCCCCAGCACUGAGGAAGAAUGGGGCUCUUCUCAUUCCCUUUCUCCCUUGCCCCCAGGACUGGGCCACUUGUGGGGCAGCCAGUUCUAGCACAGCUCACACUGAGAGUGUAAGAACUACAAACAAAAUUUCUAUUAAAUUAAGUUUUGUGUCUUCCC